AUGGUGGGCAGCCUGGUCAACAGCACCACGGAGCCGCCCACACCAAAACCAAAGCAGCCCAAGCAAGCAAAGGGCAAACGCACCAGCACAGAGCCAGACAACUGGCACCACACACCCGGCAAGGGGGCAGGGGCAAUCCCGGCCCCGAGCACAGAGCCCCCCCCAGGGCACCAUACACCGGGCAAGGGCCCAACCAGCACAGAGCCACAGCAGUGGCAACACACCCAAGCACCCCAACACCCAAUCACAGCAGAUGAGGUCCACGGCCGGGACUGGGUCACCGUUACCCGCCGCCGCCCCAACCUGGACCAAUGGACCCUACGCAGCAAGGACUGGUCCGACCCCAUCAUCCAAUACAACGACUUGGGCACAGCACUCAGCAAGCAUACCGACGGCAGCCCCUUCCGCGCAGUCAUCCAAUGCGCUGACGAAGACCAGGGUCAGGCAGCAGCAGCAAUGCUCAACAACACUACACCCAAAGCAGUUUGGCUCAUUUGGCGCCUCGCCACGGGCACAACCACCAUCCCCGGCCAGUGUGGGACCAAGCCAGUCCUCCAGCGCGUCCGCUGCCACAAGCUGGUCGACCAGGGACAACGUGAGCCCGCCCUGCUCCGCUGCACACAACAGGCCAUCACCACCACCACGAAACACACCGAAACACUCCGCGUCAUCUUCGACGAGCAAUACAUCAGCAACAAAACACGGACCACAGCACUGGCACGCCCCCGCAAAGCAUUGGGAGACUGGAUCCAAACACUCCCCACCACCGCGGCCGCAGCCAUCCAGGACACGUGGGGCUGGAAGCAACACGCACAGGGCCCCCACAAAAGCAUCAUCGGCCUCAUCCGGGUCGAAGGCACGUUCGGCCAGUCCGACGCGCCAGACACCAUCCUGGGCCGGUCCGGCCAACAAGGCAUCUUCGUUGAACCCAUCCACUGGCACCAUCCCCUCCCCCCAAUCAAGGUGGCCUGGGAGAAAUGGCAACCGACAGACACAGCAGACGACUACAUCCAACGACUCCUUGACAAAGGCCACAAAUGGGGCCUGGCCCGAAGCGCCCGAGGACUUGGAGCCCGCGUCGCCACUGAAGCCAGCACCGACAAGACCCGGACAUGGCAGCUUGACCAAGCACCCCGUGCCUGGAACCAACACACAGUCGAACAACUCAUCAGCAGCCAGCCAGCAUUCACCGACACCCACAUCAUCAGGAAACAGGUCCGGGGCAAGGUCACCACAUGGUGGUUCACCGCCACAUCAGCAGCUGACCUUGACCUCCACCCCAUCUUCGCCACCAUCGACGACGAGAUCUACGAGCUCUGGGCCAAGCUCGCACCCCCAACCCGCAAAGCAGAACCUGCCCGCACAAGCAAAGGCACCAUCACAGUCGAGAUACCCGACCCAGACGCCGCAAACAAGCCCAGCGAGCAACCCCAGAAGAAACAGUGCGUUGCCAGCCGCCCCGUCCCAGACGGCCUCACCCAGGUCGCCAUGCCGGCCGACGGCAGCUGCCUCUUUCACAGCAUCGCCCAAGCCCUUACCGACAGCACGGGCAAGGAAAUCCUGGGCAUACAAACCCGAGCAGAAACAUUGGCCCACAUCCACAAGCACACAGACACAUACAUCGACCUCUGGGAUGGGCUCAUGCCCGACGACAGCAAAGCACCUUCCUUCGCCGCAUACAUCGACCACAUGCAGAAACACACCGCAUGGGGCGGAUAUCUGGAACUCACCGCAGCCGCCCGACACUACAACAAACGCAUCUUCAUCAUCCCAGAGAAAGCAUCCGAAGAAAUCAUGUGCUUCCACGACAGCCGCAAAGCCACGGGCAACAUCAUUUUGUGGUACACGGGCACACACUACGACUACCUUCGACCAAGCGACAACAUCCCCGAAGCCAUCACCACCCAGCGAGGCAAACCCAAACAAGGACUUCGCGGCGGCGCACAAUCCACACGCACCGUAUGGACCAGCCAGGCCACACACACCGCGGCAGCACCAGCCAUCACAGCCACGGUCUUCACCAGCGACCGCACUCAAGCCACAGCAGCAGCAGAUCUCGACGACCUCGAUCACAUCGCCAGUGACCUGCCAGCCGCAGCACAGCACACACCGGAAACAACCCCGUGGCACAACGCCAUGCGCAAGCGAGUCCUCCGCACCACCAGGGGGGCCAACAACAGCAACUUCCACGCAAACGGCAGCAUAGCAUGGCAAUGCCCUCUGUGCCCUUUCAAGACAUCCCAGGCGAUCGCCGCGACAACCACACGCCAGCAGCGUGACACCAUGCUCAGAGUCGCCUACAACCUCAAAAGCAAGCACCUCACCGCAUGCCACCCAGAGGCCAGGACGCAGGAACGCUUACACGGCCACGGCAAAGCCCCCAAACUCCCACCCGUCGUCCCCACACUCGCUGCCACGGCCCCGGGAUGGCAUUGCGACAAGUGCUCAGCAGGAGUGCCACAGCAAGCAGCCAACCACUACCAUCCCAAGAAAGCCAGGGACGCGCUGUGGGCACACGCGAAAGCAAAACACAAAGAGACAGACCGCCGCAAAUGGGGACGCCGGCGCACAGGGCUCUACGCAAACAAGGCCAAUGAGGGCGGCAAAACUGGCAACAGCAUUGCGGACCAUCAAAGCAGACAACGGGGGCCACAGCAUGACAUCCUUCGACCUCCCCAGGUUCCACAAGAAGACCAAACAAUACAGAAUCUCGCGACGCUGGACGUGCCGGCACUGCAGCAAAAUAGCAGAGACACGCCUGCGAACCUUCCUCGCGCAGCAGUGCCAAGGCUACACCACCAAGAAAUCUCACACGGCACGAGCCACGUACAUUCAGCAGCUCCGACGCCAAGCCACCGCACCGCAAAAGUGUGCCAAGUACACCAAAGCAGAGAUCACCAAACACUUGAACGCAGCAGCAGACACAUUGCAAACCACACUGGCCGGCGCGCCCACCCACACGGGACAAACACCCCCGCAAUGACCGCAACAACACCACUCACAAUCGGCACGCUCAACACCCAGCACCUGGGUCACACAUGGCACGAGACAUGCUCUCUCCUUCAGCACCACAACAUCGAUUGCCUCGCCAUCCAAGAGGCAACCAUCCACACCACAACCGCGGCUGAAUACACACGCACUGCAGCUCAACACGGAUACCAGGUUCUCUGGGGGGAACCGCACAACCACCACAUCCGUGUCGCCCUGUUCAUCCGAGGCCACUUCGCAGUUUGGGAACCACCGCAAGAGCAGCAGCAGCAAACUCACGACCCCACCUUGGUCCAAUACAUCCAGCUGCACCGCCACAACAACAGGCCACUCUACAUCGCCAACGUUUAUGCGCCCCCCACAAACACCGCCAGCCGCGACCACAUCAUCCAACACACAGCCACAACACUACGCAGCACCGGUGAGGACUUCGUGCUCAUCGGCGACCUGAACACCAUAGCCAGCGAGGGAGCUGUCGCGCAUAUCCUGGCCAACGGCAUCGCCACGGACAGCAACACCUACUUCAACAACUGGACACCCACCCGGAAACACAGCCAACGGUGCAUCGACUACGCACUCCUCGGACCACGCACACACCCCCAGCGCAAGCAACAAGCUCCGGGACCACGCGACCACGACCUGAUCAUCUACCAGUUCCCACAGGGACCGGAGCCAGCCGCACACCGCCGACCAACUUUCUGGCCCAUCGACCCCACCCGAGCCCCCACCGACCAGGCAUUUCUUGACAUUUGGCAACCCAGCAGCUACCACCAACAUCUCCAUAACGGAGACACCAAUAGCGCGUGGGAACUCCUCAGCAACACAGCAGAAUAUCUCUUGGGACCUGACGGCCACGGACAUCACCGCGCGCGACCCUGGCAACCGCAGCAACAGCAACAAAUCUCCAAACACGCGCCCAAGCAACAAAGCACAAAACACCGCCGCCUUCUCCGGCUACAACGCACUGUGCGCGAACACAUCCGACGACCCACAGUUGACACCGCCAGAGCCCUGGCACGACGCACACAAAGCCUCCAGCACAUCUACCCGGACAUUGCCGCCGCCGCCGACAUCCACACACUGCUCUCCACCACACAAGCAGCCAUCGACGAGGAGGACGAGCACCAACGCAACCUACGACUGCACCGGUGGAUGAACAACAUGGAAAACGACCUCAAGCGACAACGCCGAUGGGUCAAACAACCCCCGACAGACCCAAACACCGCGCCUAGCACAACCACAACUACGACCACCACACACACCGCGCUCCACCCACAGCAACAGGUCGCGCAGGAAGCCAACGCCUGGACUACAGUCUGGGACACACCACACCCGGCAGACCAACACGGCACCCUCCACGACGAGUGGCAGCACACAUACACAAGCCAACUGGCGGCGCUACAACACACGCUCCCUACCAGCGCCCCAAACCCACAGCAACCACCGCCGCAGCUCACCGCACAACAGCUCCACCGUGCAGCCACACGCACCAAAGGCAAAGCGGGAGGCGGCGACCACUGGACCGCCGACGCACUCCUCCAACUACCACCCACUUGGUGGCAAGCCUUAGCCGAACUCUGGAACACCAUCCUACACACAGCACGAAUACCAGCCGCCUGGAACCAAACAGUCGUUGUCCUGCUCAACAAACCAUCCGGGGGCACACGACCCAUCAGCAUCACCAGCAUCCUUUGGCGGCUAGGAGCAUCUGCGCUGGUUAAGCACCUGGCACCCUGGACACACCAAUGGGCACCCCCGGAACUCUGCGGAGGCCUGCCCCAGCGUGAUGCAACAUACCUUCACGCCAGAAUCUUUCAUGACCUCCAAGACAGCGACCACGAAGAUUUCGUCUUCCUCUCCCAGGAUCUGAGCAAAGCAUUCGAUUCAAUCCACAUCCCACAAGCCCUCGCGCUCUUCACACAUUACGGAGCACCACAGCAGAUUACACAACUUCUCCUCACAUUCUACCGCACCAACAAACGCAUCUUCCUUUUCCACGGAGCCAUGCACCCCGAGUGGCGCACCAGCAAACACGGCCUACUGCAAGGAUGCCCGUUCUCACCAAUGCUGCUGGCAACUACCAUGGCACUUUGGCAGCAACACAUGCGACAGCAACACCCCCAGCACCACGCAGGCAUAUUCCUCGACGAUCGCAGCGCCUGGAUUACAGGCCCCGACGCCUGCACAACCAUGGCCACCUUCCUGGAGACCUCCCAAAGCAUUGAUGCACAACUCGGCUUCAAAGAAAACAGGGCAAAAACACAACUGGCCGUCGCAACACCGGAACUACAGCCUAUCCUGGACUCACUCACACCAGAAGGCUACCCACAAGCCACCACUACUUUCAACUUGCUCGGCCUCACCUACGACCUGCAGCAACGCCACAUAGGCUUGGCCGAAAGCACAGUGGCUAAAUACACACGCCGGGCACACCGCAUCAGACACGCCAGCCGCCAGCUCCCACGAAGGCAACAACUACACUGCAGCAUGGCACUAUCGUGCAUCACAUGGGCCGGACCCUUUGCCCACCUACCAGCACUACAGCUCCGCAGCAUACACAACACGGCGAUGCACACCAUCAAGCACUGGACACCACGGGGGGCCUCACGACACAACAUCUGGACCGCCGAACUCCGGCCAGACGACGACCCCAGGUUCGCCAUCCAACACCUUGCCUUGCAGUUCACGGCCAAGAUCGCCAAGCUCAGCAACACAACCAACCCGUGGCUACAGCACAUCCGCCAGUGGCUGCACACACCGCAGCACCUGCAACACAUACCGGCCAUACGACAGGCCCUUCAGACAAACAACAUCAACUGGAACGCAACCACCAACACACUACACCGGCGCGACCACCUGGGACGCAACCGCACCAUCCGCCUAGCAUGGGAUGGACACAACACCAUCCGAGACUGGCAACACGACCACUGGCUCACCACCAUGUACAAACAAGAGGAACGCCUCUGGAAACCACGACGACGACAACACGACUCCUACGCCAUCGGCUUGCGGCUUCCAGCACCAGAUCCUACACAUCUCCCGGUCGUGACAGCACACCGCAUUGGCCGCAGCAUGCCAUACACGACCACCAGCACACCACAGCGACAAACCUACAUCGCCACCGGCACCAGCGCCUGGCACCAAGCAGCCAGACACAACACCAGCAGGCCACCGUGCCUCUGCGGCAAACCAGAGCCAAGCAUGGCACACCUACUCUGGGUGUGCACAGCCAUACCACAACACCAACCAGGCGUGCCACCCGCACCACGGGCGCCGCGCAACACUUGUGAAGAACGUCUCAUCACCAGCACGGCCCCGAAGCCGAUCACACCACUCCACCCAACAGGGCUGACACCCACACCACCAGCACGACUACUACAGAUCAUCGACACGGCCUUCACGACAGCACGAUCACAACACCAACCACUCACCGUAGCCACAGACGGGGGAGCAAAACAUGGAUGCGCCGCUUGGGCCAUCGCCACUCCCUCUGACUCCAUCGCUGAAGCAAUUCAGGGUGAAGAUACAACGCCGUUCAUGGCAGAACUCACCGCCAUUCUCCUCCUGACACACAGCAUCCACAACCUGCCAGAUCUUGGAGGAUCGGACACACAGCACACAAUCAUCGUAGCCACGGACUGCAAGUCAGCCAUUGACUACUUGCAAGGGCCAGAACCGACACAACGCACACGGUGCUGGUCACAGUACCAUCAGCAGCGGCACAACCUACAGCGACGACGGAUCCACCUGAUCCUGCAGUGGACACCGGCACACGACCGACAUCCAACCUGGGCACCGACCCAUGGGGAUGCAGCAACACUUCGCGAACUCAACCGUCGGGCGGACACCGCGGCCAGCACGGCCCUCCACUCCGACUUGCAGCGACUACAACCUUGGCUCAUCACGCAGCAGCAAGCACACAACUGGGCAGAGCGCGCCCUGCAGUGGGCUCAACAUGUCGCACAGCACUGGGACAACCAUGUCUCCGCUACCGUCCCUCUGGACGCAUAA